CCGGUUAGGCUACGUUUCAAAGAUAAUGAAAGUGAAAGAGUAUUGUCUAACGUAGGCUAGAUAGGUUAACCUACACGACAUAUUGUUCUGCAGUCCCUAUACGUUUUCUUCAAGCAUGGAUAAAUUGAGAAAGAUAAGGAUAGUUCUGACAGAAAUAUUGUCAGCGGACGCCAGUUACAUCCUUCAGCAUGUACACCAGGAGGACCUGGUGACUCCACGCGAAUACAGGAACCUGCACAAUGACAGUAAAUUACAUCCAGAAGGUUCCAUCGUCGAUCUGCUGGAUUCACUCCUAACGAAAGGAGGAGAUGAGAAAUGCACUAGAUUCUUGACCCUGUUGCAGCAGCCAGUCAUCAGAUCAACCUACUACAAACUGGGAGAAAUCAAACACAUCGACAUAGCUCCGGCACCCAGUAGCCCAGCACCCCCAGACGCUGUCCCAACCUCUGCCUCCUCCACAGUCCACACCCAUCGCCCAACCACAUCAGGUUCAAAAAUUCCAACUACUCCUGUGAAAAAGAAUAACCGGAGAAGGACCACUGCGUGUGGAACCAUCACAGACGUUUCUGAAGUGAAGAUGGGGAAGGCGGGGGGGAAAUACUACCAAGCUGUUCUAAACCAAGAGGAUGGGCCCAUGGUCAUUCUCAUUUUGGAUCUAGAGAAACGAAAUAUCUUUCUAGGAGCAGAGAAGAGAAGGUCUUCUGUAAAGUUGAAGAGAAUCUCAUUCGAGAAACUUGGAAUGAACAAGUACCAAGAGGGGAUAAAGUUCACAAACAAAUCCGAAUUGACUUACACAAGAGCCAAAAACACUAUAAAGAUGGAACCCACUGCUGAUGAAAAAGAAUAAACACAUUUUUUUUUAACUAGAA